AUGUUUUCUGCAACCGACACUUCGACACGCCAAUUCGUAUCCCUGGGGAUGUUUAUCGUGGAUGAGUUCGAGUUCAGGGACGCAGAAGGUAAUCUCACAGGGAAGACAUUGCCUGGACAGGUAGGUUCCCAAGCGUCCCAUCCCAGCAUUCAGCUGAGAGGAGGAACGUACGCUGCCAUAGGGGCGCGGAUCUGGCUACCACCUCAGGCUGUGGGCAUGAUUAUCGACAGGGGAUACGACUUCCCGCCGCAUAUUCAGGCAGAAUUAGAUCUUUACGGGCCAGACAUGUGGCUUUUCCGCGACGAUCCCGGUCGUGGGACGACGAGGGCCCUGAACUCCUACAAAGGCGAAUUCAGAGAUUUCGAAUACCUGACGCCACGAGUGCGCAUAACGCCGAACGACCUGGCCAAUACUAAACUCGCGCGCCCGCGAGUCCUGCACUUCAUCUGCUCGCCCACUCGGGCAAGCGUCAUCCUCAACGAGGUCAAAGCGCAGGAAGCAUGGCACCCGACCACCGUCUAUGAGCCCAUACCUUACCGCUGCGUCCCUGAACAGCUCCCCGCUCUCCAACAAUGCCUGCCCGACGUCUCCAUUCUCAGUCCGAACGCGGAAGAAGCCAUGGCACUGCUUGGUAUGCCAACGGUCGAGCCUACCAAGGAACUCGUCGAAGAGGCAUGUGGCCGGUUCCUGGACAUGGGAAUCGGCCCCCGCGGCGCCGGGUCGGUGAUCAUCCGCUGUGCGCACAUGGGGGCGUGCAUUGGGACGCAGGACGCACCAUACACCUGGAUUCCUGCCUUCUGGACGCCGAAUGACGCGCACAAAGUGGUCGAUGUCACCGGCGGUGGCAACAGUUUCCUUGGGGGUCUGGGAGCCGGUCUCGUUUUGAGCGAUGGCGACGUCAAGGAAGCGGUCCUGUAUGCGAUGGUAUCAGCAUCGUACAUCAUCGAGCAAGAGGGCCUACCCCGCUACACACAGGUCGAGGAUGAGGGUGUUGUGGUCGAGAAGUGGAACGACGGAUCACCACAGCAGAGAUUGCAAGAAUUACAGAAACGUCUAGUGGAGGAAGAUACAAAGUGA